CGGAGGCCGUUAACCUGCGCAUGGAGACGGGGAGACGGCGGGCGGGAUGGCGGCGGCCGAGGCGGACUUCCUGCUCCGAUACCGCGCCGUGUCCAACAAGCUGAAGAAGCGCUUCCUGCGUAAGCCAAAUGUGGCAGAAGCAAGUGAGCAGUUCGGUCAGCUGGCCAAAGAGUUGAAGCAGGAGGAGUGCCUGCAGUACGCAGGCUUCUGUAACCUGGCUGUGGCACGGUGUGAGCAGACGCUGUUCAAUGCCCCUGGGGAGGCCCUGGCCCUGACCGACGCAGCCCGCCUCUUCCUGCAGGCCGAGAAGGAGAUGCAGAAGCUCCGGUGUCCCGGCUUUGAGGAACACCUGCAGGCCGCCACCAACUGUUACAGCUUCGCCAUAAAGGUCUACAUUGAGUUGAAUCAGCCUGUCAUGGCAGCCAGUCUAUGCUUGGAGCUGGGAAACGCUUUGAAGGAGAUGAACAAACCGGGCGAGGCGUCUGUGUACUACCAGCGAGCGGCCGAACUGCAGUCUCAGGUGCCCAUUGAAUGCCUGCUGUCGCUGGGCAAGGUGGCUUCCUGCAAGAUCAUAACCCGCGAUUAUGAUGGAGCUCUGGCGGUCUUCACAGAAAUGCAGCUAAUGGCACAGGAGAAGGGAUUACAGCUGCCAGGGACCAACGCCCCUGUUGGCGCGUUUGUGGAUGUCAUUGCAAGGUGUGAGGUGUCGCGGGUCCUGCUACUCAUGCUGCUCCAGCCCCCGCCACAGAAGCUGCUGCCUGAGCACGCUCAGACUCUGGAGAAAUACGACUGGGAAUCGUUCGACAGCCACAGCCAAGUGAACAACCUCCCCGAGAACGUGUUCCUAUUGCUGCAGUCGGUGGUGGUGAGCACAGCGCCUUCCCGCUGUCCGAUGGCGUGCCAGGAGAAGGAUCUGGAGUCACUGAAGGUUCUUCAGGUGGAGCUUUGGCCACUGCUGACCCCGGAACAGAACCACCUGCUGCACCUGGUCCUACAGGAGAUGAUGGCUCCAUCUGGCCGAGGCAUCUGACGCCCCCCACCCUCCCGUCCCGGUACUGUCCGCUGCUCGGGAACGUCCCUGCAUGGGUCCUGGGCUCCGUUCAAACUAUUUAUUAAAUAUGGAGGUGACAUCAGUA